CGUCAUUCUCUCACGUUCGAUGUGAGGUGUCAGAGAAAUAUUCGUGAUAAUUAUUAAAAAAAUAAUUAGAUCUUGAAAUGUUUAGUAUAUUUAUUUCGUUUGUUAAUUAUGUAUUACUUUAGUAAAGGUGUACCAGUGACGUUGGGUUAUCUGGGAUUGAUAUAGCGAAGAUAUUUUUUGUUUUAUUAGUUCAUUAUGAACUGUCACCAAGUAUUAAGUGGUGCCUGUAAUUCAGGAGAUCAAUGUUUUGCUGUUGGUUCUGUCGAAGGAAUACCUUUUACAGCAUAUGCAGCAGGAUGCAACAUAGUGAUCUUAGCCUCCAACUUUGAAAGAGUACAGAUUAUACCGGGCGCUAUCCAUGGUUAUGUCCGAAUUGGCUCAUUGGACUGCAGCACUGAUACUGGAAAAAUAGCUGCAUCCUAUGGUGCUGAAGUCUGUAUAUUUGAACCAACACCACUGAUACACACAGCGGCUACCACUCAUGGCCUGGAGUACCGGUGGGUGCAAACCGGCAAGUUGGUGGCGGAUGGACCGAUCACUGCGCUGUCAUGGAAUCUCGAGGGUACCCGGCUGCUUACCGGCGGAAAGAUACUGCAAUUGUGGCACCAAGCGUCGCUCUAUCAAGAUGACAGUCAACCGAGUUCAGGAGUGACCUUUCAAAUAGGUGGUGAUAAGGAUGAGAAACCAAAGCAGCAGGAGGAAGACGAACCUGGGUGGAUAUGUGUAUGGCAAUGUCACACGGCCACACCGGCGCAUCACCUCGCUUUCUCACCAGAUGGCGUCCUGUUCGCGACAUCUGGCAUCAAUGACAGACUCGUCAAGAUCUGGUACCAAAAUAAAGUGCUAGCACAGACGCAUAAUGAACACUCUUCACCUGAACUGAAUUACACGUUCAUCUAUGUUGCCCAUCCCCGCGCUGUCACGCACCUGUCAUGGCGGAAAACCAGCAAAUAUAUGCCCAAGGGCAGCGUAGGCAACGUGUUGGUAACGUCAUGCGUGGACAACAUCUGCCGCGUGUGGGCGGAGACUCUUCUGCCGGAGGACGAGUGGGGGGGCGGCUGUGUGACGUCACACUCGCGCUCCCCGCCGCGUCGCCAGCGCGCCACGCAUCGACACAAGCACCGCUUCAUGCAGCGCUUGAAGCAUAUGAAAACAUGUUUCCACAUCAGACGGACGGCGCAGUCGUCCAAGCAGCCCGGCGCGCCCAUACCCACGCUACCGUCCACGUACAGCGCGCACGACUUCCACAACCCUUACCAUGUCACCUCUUACACUGGAGGUCUUCACUUCCAUCUGGCAGCUUCAAUAAACGCGGAGACGGAUAUUCCUCUGGUACCCUCACUGGCAGGCGGCGGCCGCUUCAUACUGCACUGGCUACACAACAAGGAAAUGCACUUCACCAGCCAAGCCGAAGCCAUACUACAUGAUCUUACUAAAAAAAUAUUAGACAAAGAAGAAACGGAUGAGGGAGGAUCAACAUCAGAUCAUACUGCCCAUCCAGACGGAGAACAUGAAAGUAGCGGCAAUCAUAGUCAUCCGAGCCUUUCGAACACGACCUCAAUAAACUCGAUAGCGACUGACGUCACAUGCACACACCUACCCGACUCGCUCGACGCGAAGAUUGAGUCGUUAUUACGGGAUUGGCAUCAAAGUCCCGAUCUUCUGUUCUCAAUACAUCCUGUUGAUGGCAGCUUUCUUAUAUGGGUAUGCGAAUGGCUGGACGAGUUACAAGCUGGAGCGAUCAGACAGGCGCAGGUAUCGUUCUCAGCGCGGAUACCCUCGGCCUUCCCUCUGGGCGACGCCACAACUAUGUGCACUCCCGCCGCAUUGUACCAUGCAGCCGCGCAGCCCUUGUAUGUACGACACCGGACUAAACCUGUUAUGCCGAUGGGACCACAACAACCAGAAGUAGUGACGACACCGCUAGCGAGUGUCCAAGAAGAAAAAGAAGAGGCUGAAUGGCCGCAAGGCGAAGAACAAAAUGAGAAUCAAGAAAAUGGGAAUCGAGAAGAGAACAAUAAUGAGAUGCAACGGAAGACGAGUGUGGCAACCGAAGAUUUGGGGGAGAAUCAAGAAGGAGACGUGUUGGACUCUGCGCCCGUCAUAUCCAUGGUCACCAACCACACCAAUGGAACCCUAAAUCUAUGGCAGUUGACCUUCGAUGAUAAGUCCAAAUUUUCUCAGGUGCUAUCAAUAGGCCAUGCUUCGAGGGCUUCAGGGCACAGGUUUAGAGUAAACGACAUUACAUGCCAUCCAGUAUUACCUCUGCUAUUAACUACGAGUCAUCAUAAUAUAUCUGAUAGCGAAAGGGAUCAUCACAAGUACGACGAUGACGCAGCGGCCGGCGGCCUAUGUUCGGAGCUGAUUAUGUGGAGGGUCGAGUGUGUAGGACCGCUCGGCAAGUCCGGUGGAGUGUCCGAACUUGCGCGGGUUAACUCUCCACAUCUAUCAGCUUUCAGUAACGUUGCCUGGCUACCUACGUUGUUGCCGAGUACGACUUUGGGCAACUUAUCAAAUUCACCAUCAGCGUGUUUCGUGGCGAGUGAUGGAGAGAGUUUACGUGUAUUCCAAGCUGUGAUAGACGCGCGUACAUUGCUGGCUGAGAUAGCCACCUCCGAGAGACGACAUAAAGAUGUAAUGCACGAUACGAUGUCGAUGUCGUCGGAGUCGACCCUGGAAGAGGGCGGCGGGGUGCCGCUGCACGACCGCAUCAAGAUAGUGUCGCAGCAGUCCACGGCGCGGCCCGGCGCCAUCAUACAGCUCCACGCCAUCGCCGACGCCACGCACGACUGGCACAACACGCAGCUACUGCAUGUCUUCCAGGAACAACUCAUCACUGGCGAACGAACGUCAGUAGAACCAGAAAACGCAGACUCGGGUCUAGAAAAUUCUGAAGUGAAUACGUUAACAGAAGCCGGGUUAGAAGCUAUAGUCGACUUACGUAAAGCUGCCGUCUUCAAUGAGCCCUUCUAUAUUGUCGUACUAGAGAGAACUGAUGGAGGAUCCACCGUGCAUAUGUGGAGGUUGACUGUGUCAUCACAAGCUGAUCCUAAUGAGGACCUUACGAACAGUAUGAUGUAUGUGCCAGACAGUGCCCUGGUACAGGAAGACGAAGGUGAAUCUCGCAAGAACUCCGUGUCUAUGGACAACGACCGCGCUCCUCCUCCCCCUAUUGCACAUUCACACAUCUCUAUUUCUACUAAAAAGGUAUGUGAAUGCCCCCUAUCUCUCCCUGAUGGAGUGGACGUGAUCCACGCGACCCCGGCGGCGGGACACCUGAGCUCAGCGUCCAUAUACCCAGCCUGUCUAGCUCCCUACAUCAUGGCUACCGCCUGCUCCGAUAGCACUUUGAGGUUUUGGAAAUGCCACGUAACGAAACGGGAUGAUGACGAUUUCGACUAUGCGUGGAAAGAAUGGGAAAUGAUGAACAAAGAUCAAGAGUCAGCAAUAGAUAUUCCAGGUCAACCGCUCCACAUAAGCGCUGCGUACUCAGGCCGUAUUGCGUGCGCAUACAAAUGCGGGCGUUCGUUCACGCGACCGAAGGGCGGGACGACCACUCCAAGUACAACGGACGCUCGCUUCGUGAACCUUUGCGUCUGUGUCUACGAAUGCGAGAGUACGGGUGGGGCAGAGUGGUUACUAGAAGAUACAAUACCUCUAAGGAAUGUUAGUCUACCUCGAGUUGGACUUUGUACCGACACACAGAUUGAUUUGUCUUAUUUACACGACACUUCCUUCGUUCAAAAGAGGCAGCGGUUGAAUCAGGUGCUCCAAACGCUAUCAUCAGAUGAGAGUCGCAACAAUCGCAACGGAGAAGGCGACACGGGGAAGUCGGCAGGCUUACUCGCAGUACCAUCAUUCAGCACUUUACAAUCCCUUCGCAAGAGUAUUAUGGAGAAUGGAAACACUUGUCCCUUGACUCAAAAACACUUGGUACAACUAGACUGGGUGUCUAAGGAAGAUGGUUCGCAUAUUUUAACUGUAGCUGUUGGAUCCAGGGUGUUAUUGUUCACACCAGUCUCCAGUGAUCUUGCUCAGGCCAACUUGAAGGCUAUGAAGGAAUCAAUAAGCAAUAACCGCCCAAUACUGCGUAAGGCGUCAUCGUUAGCCGCGCCCCUAUUUGUCGAAGAAAUAAGAUGGAUGCAACUUCGACGCAUUGAACUGAAGACUGCCGACGGUCUACCACCAUUGCCCAUGCAAAUAUCAUGGGUUAGGGACGGUAUUCUCGUCGUGGGUAUGGAUUCGGAGAUGCAUGUGUAUUCUCAAUGGAAGCCUGAGAAUCCACAGUCGGCGUCCGGAAUGAUGGGUACACAGGAACUGGAAGAAGGCAGUGAGUCCCGCGCACUCCGUGACUCGGACUUGCGUAUAUCGGCGCCGCACCUUCAACGCGUGUCCUCCAUCAACCUGCAACUGUUGGAGCGAGACGCUAGGAGACGUAACAAAACACAGCCGGAUCAACCACAGCCUUUGCUGGACUACAUGCCAGACUACGGGUUGUUCGAAGCAUCACAGAUGGCGUGUCCAGUGCUACCUCAGUACCAUCCCAAGCAACUUAUGGAGCUACUAAACAGCGGCAAGAUCAGAUGGGUUAAAGCUAUACUUGCUCAUUUAGUCAGAUGUAUUGGCGGGACAUACACGGGACGCAGUUCACAGGGCGAUGAAGACAGUUUGUCUAGACAGCGCGGAUGGUCGCGGUCGCGCACGCUGUCCGUCUCGUUCGCCGCCGGCGCCGCUUCGCCGCUAGAUGGCGUUGCACAGAUCACGGAAGAUGUUCAGCUAGACUACGCCGAGAUUACCUCAGUACCACCGCUGCCUUUGUGGACUCUACUCGUCGCUGACAAGGAGUCUCCACACCAUCCGUCCACUAUACAAGAAGCUAAAGACUAUAACGAAUUAUUCGAAGGUACAAUACAGGAUACAGAUGAAGACCUCGAUGCUCUGUUGUUAGGUGAUGACGAGGGUGUCGACAGACGACCCUCCAUGCCUGAACGUCAGCCUCUGUCACACUUUGGACCUAGACAAGGUCGCAUCCUCUCCCGCCUACUCACACACACGCACUUGCCUGGUCUCAGUUCGUUGGACCAAAUGCAUCUGUUAGCGUUAGCCGACACCGUGUCUACUUGUGACGCGGACUUCGCAGAGCGACUGGCCACUAGUGCACGCGUCGACGUUGCGCAAGCGACUGGACAGGAAAUAUUGCCAGACUCCCUCGAUGAUUGCGGUCUCCGUUUCCUCCUGGCUAUGAAGCACUACGGCUACCUUCUGCGGUGCUUGCCCCUUGCCCAGCGUGCCAACCUCCAGCGCAAUGGCGUUGGCACCUGCAACCUGGUUUGGGCCUUCCACUCGGAGACACACGAACAACUCCUGGCAUUAAUACCUGGGUACACCAAGGGACAGCCUAAAUGGUCUACAAUGAGGGAACUUGGUGUGGGUUGGUGGGUCCGAGGCGAGCUCCUCCGCACUUGCAUGGAGAAGCUAGCUCGAGCCGCGUACAUGCAGAAACAGGAUCCGAUGGACGCUGCCCUCUACUACCUCGCUAUGAAGAAACGGAUGUUACUAUGGGGACUGUUCCGUUCCAGUCGCGAUGAAAAGAUGACCAAUUUCUUCUCAAACGACUUCACUGAAGACCGUUGGCGUAAGGCAGCAUUGAAGAACGCCUUCGUUCUUCUAGGUAGACAACGAUUUGAACACGCAGCCGCUUUCUUCUUACUUGGUGGAGCUCUGAAGGAUGCUUUGGAGGUACUAAUCACACGCCUCGGAGAUCUACAACUGGCGAUGGUAGUAGCGCGUUUGUACGAAGCAGACAGUCCAUUACCGACUAGCUUGAGAAAAUUGUUGAUGGAUGAAAUUUUAGGUGGUGAAACAGAAGACGGUGAAUUGGACUUGGAACGCGCCCAUCCCGAUCCAUUCGUCCGUUCCAUGGCUCUAUGGGAACUCAAACGUUACGGCGACGCCCUCGACACGUUGCUAAGUAACGCCGGUCGUUUACAUGCAGCUAGAGACAACGAACCAAUGCCUAGCGUGUUCAACUUCUACGUAUAUUUACGAACGCAUCCUAGGUUGAAGAGGCAUAAUCUACCCAGUCAGGGUGGAACUCUAGCUCUUCUUCAACAAGAAGCAGAAGAAGGUAUCACUCGCCUGGAACGUCGUUUAUACUUCCAAACUGCGCACGGGCACUUCAAAGCGGGUUGUCCUGCAUUAGCACUCGAGGUGUUGUCGAAGCUGCCCGCCAGAGUGCGCGACGAGCGCGCCCGCCAGCCUGCGCCCGCGCAGCGCAUCGAUGACGUCAUACACACCGGACAGCUCGUCGACCUACCAGCUAAAAAAGAGGAGCCGGCUAACGUGGACUGGGGCGCGCCAGCUGUAGAGGUAGACUGGGGGGCUCCGGUCACUACGAACAAACCUGAUGAACUCGUACUGAGCUGGGAUGACGAUGAUGAUAAGGGUUCGGAAGGUUCAGGAGCUUCCACUCCACCGUUGGAGAUGAAGAUGGACAAGCAAGAAGAUAAAGAAGAGCCUACAGUCAACGGAACUUCUGAGAAAGAGAAGGGGGCGGAUGAGGCGCCGUCUGUCGAUAUUAUGGCUCAGCAGUUGAAGUUUGUUGCUUGUUUGAAGAUAUUGAUGGAAGAACUUAGUACUUUGGCUACUGGGUUCGAAGUUGAUGGUGGACACCUCCGCUACCAGUUGUACAUAUGGCUGGAACGUGAAGUGGAGGCGCUCCGCCGUCUGUGUGGGUACUUAGCGGCGGGCUCCAGUGGCGGGGGCGGAGCGCUAUUGUGCGCUGAGCCUGACCUUGCCCCGCUACCAGAACGCCCCACUUUACAUCAGCUUCUGGUGCGAGAGAAGGCAGAUUUCGAGGCUAAAGUACAACGCGCCCUGAAUAGGAAGCGGUGGCUUAAAGCGAACGAGACGUUGCUGCGCACGCUGCUGUCGUACUGCUCGCUGCACGGGGCGGGCGGCGGCGGGCUGGCGUCGGUGCGCAUGGAGCUGGUGCUGCUGCUGCAGGAGCUGGGCCAGGACAAGCAGCACCAGCAGCUGCUGUCGCCGCUGCCCUUCCCCACCACGCUGCCGCUGCUCGCCGCCGCCGUCGCCACCAACAACACCGUCGUCGCAGACCCCGUGCGCCAUCUGCAGUCGGUAGCCCACGACAUGCUGGGAACGAUUGGUGAGCUGGGCAUUCCUGGUGGAUCGGCGACGAGAAUUCUUCACACACUGCGGGAGCUGGCAGUCGCGCUGUCCGCCUGCAUAUACCAGAGUCUGUGCGAUUCUGAUACCUUCAGCUUGAAACACGCACAUCACCAUGAUGGUAUCAUAGCUGAAACUCCGGGUACUAGUCAAAUCCUCUUGCGGCAGAGGCGUCAUUCCACGGACGAGCUUACAGUUACUACUCCACCGAACAAAUGGCCAGGAGUAUCAGCGCUCCGCGGGCUGGCCCUCCGCGCGGCGGAGGAGGAGGACGCGCCUCGUCUGGCGGUGCUGCUGGCGGAGGCGUUCUGCGCGGUGUACCUGGCGCUGCUGGGCUGGGCCGCCGCCGCGCGCGACGCGCACCUGCUGUACCGCCUCACGGCGCACGCGCCCCUCGCGCACGACCACGCACGGCUCUUCGGCGGCGGCGUACGGAGGCUACUCACCACCGCGCCUGCGCCCUCCAUGCAGCCGAAAUUAGUGGAACGUCCAGAAGGAACAUCAGUAUGGUCCUCACUACGAGAGAAACGUGCCCUACUCAACAUGAGACUACUGGGUCUCGGACCUACCGCCCCCCACAAAAACAUACAAGAGGGUCGACCUACAUACAGAGAGCAGUUUGUUCCGCCACACUGUAGCAUUCUCACUUAUCUACUUACUAAGCCCACCGCGGAACAAGACCCCGAGAACUACGAUUAUGAUUCGGCAGAAUCCGGAGGUGAAGAUGUCGAUGAUAGUGGCAGCGAAGCUGACGACGAUGAUAUAUUCGACACCAGCAAUACCAAAAACGAGAAGCGUCGUAAACAAGCGAAUACGGAACAUUCAGAUCCCGAUUCUUACUCGUGGUUGGUGAUGCGUAUCGCGGUACUACGACUCGCGCAGCAGAAGUUGCAGAACUUCUUGCAGCUAUGCGGGAUUGAGAUGUCAGAGCUGGCGACGACAAGCCCGAUGGUGCACGGAGCCUUGCGGCGCGUGGACCAGUGGCAGCAACAGUUAACAGAGACGCUGGAGUCUCGGGCGCCGCCCCCCGACUACAUCCCUGGCUGCUUUCCUGAACAACUGCCUUCUGGACCACCUAUCAAUAAAUACAGGUGUUUGUUAGAGAAGCAUAAUACUCCAUUCAGUUCGGUGCUGUUCAGUGCAGCGCCAGCGAGGAGAUUAUGGAGCUUCCUUGUGCGACAGGAACCGGUUCAGGACCUCUUCAUCCGCGCGGUAUUCUCUCGUCGUCGCGCGGGCUCCCAGUCCGAGGCGGAAUCCCGCGCGGGCGGACAGCAACAGCGGGACCGCGACCUCGACCUGCACAACCCCGUGCGCAUCAUACACAAGGAGCAGGACUCCAUUGCUGCAUUCUGUCUCAACAAGGUGGGAGGCUACCUGCUAGCAGUAGCGACGGCCCGCGAAGUGCAGGAGAUGGACGUCUCCUUACUGCUCCGGGCGGGCGCCUGGUGGGCCGAGGACGAGUGCGAGCUGGACCUGCUGGCGCUGGCCGCAGACCCCGCCGCGCUCCCUGACACCGGGUUCCUGCUUAUACAGCAUCAUGAUAAGCCCAAUAGCGGAUCAGUACCAGGAACUGGCAACAGUUCGCCGUUGAAUCCCAACGCGCCGCAAGUGCCCGUCGGUAUGGCCAGCCAAACGGGCCGGGGAGCCAGCGUUGAGCGGCGGUCAAGCAGCGUGCCGACCGGCCUAGAAGCGUAUAUAGUUACAGUGCUGAAACACAAAAUCGACAACAUCAAAAGAAUGGCAGCGCAUCCUUCUCAACCGUUGUAUCUAACGGGUGGGGCGGACGGUUCCGUUCAACUAUGGGAGUGGGGACACCCGUCCUGCGUAUGGUCUCCGCGAGCUCCGGGCGCGUUCGCAAAGGUCACAAGAGUCCGGUUUUCCGACUACGGGAACAAGUUUGCAGCUUCAGACGCUGAUGGAAACCUGGCUAUGUGGCAACUGCAUCCUGCACCGCAUCAAGCGGGACAACCUCACGCCUCGCCUAGACCGUUCUUUACCCAUCAAUGUCAUAGCAAAGGAAUUAGCGAUUUCGUUUUCCUCGGUUCUUGCAGUUUAGUUGCUACAGCUGGUCAUAGCUCCGAGAGUAAAAACGUUGCUGUGUGGGACACAUUGAUGCCAACUAAGAAAGCUUUAGUGGUUUCAUGGACGUGUCACGAGGGGGGCGCGGCGUGCGUGGCGUGGGCGGGGUCGCUGGGCGCGCUGGUGUCGUGCGGGCGGCGCGGGGACGUGCUGGUGUGGGACCUGCGCGCGCGCGCCGUGCGCCAGCGUCUGCACGCGCACCACGCGCCCAUCAAGUGCGUCGCGCUCUCGCCCAGGGAGGACUACUACGCCAUCGGGGCCGCCGACGGUGAUAUCAAAGUGUUCUCACUGACUACUCACCAAUUGUUAUACACGUUUGCGGGAGAACAUGCUAGGAGUUCCUUUUUCAAGCACAUUGGCCAGGGUGUUACGCAAAUACAUAUCGAUAACGCCGGCCGUCUAUUCUCGUGCGGCGCGGACGGCACCAUGAAAGUUCGGAAGCUACCCGAGCGAGACUCGCAGCUGCCUCAUCAACCGCAGUAUUAAGUCACGCUGUGACCUACAUACACGGAUGGCGAGACGCAGUUGAGAGCAUAAUGUGGUCCGGCGCGCCGCGUCUAGCCUUACAGCCCUUGUGAUGUACCUAUUUAUCGUUGUUGCUAUUCAAAUGUUACGAGUAUGAUGAUCAUUGUACGCCGUUAGACUAGUCACUGAGUAGGCGAUGUUGUAUCUUAUAAUGUAUUUAAAAUGUUAAUGAAUCUUUAGUUAUUUCUAGUGUGAAAUAUUCGCUAUUUUUAACUUAAUAAACAUGUCCUAGAUAAAUAUAUAAUUUAUUUAUUAGCAGCAGUGGCUGGCCUAAGCCGCGCGCUAUACGUGGCGUAGCGCGCGCGGCGCUGGGAGUUCGUUAGUGUGACAUAAUGUAUGAUGUGCUGUAUUUUAGUGUAAAGUGCAAUAACUAACUCGAUGCUAACUUAUGAAUCCGACUAUUGACCACGUCGAAGCCUUUACUAGAUAACAGUUUAGCUCUUUUAAUCAAUUUAGCUUAUGAUACGAGUGCAUAUAACUUGUUGAUGCAUAAUAACAUAUAAUUUAUUGAAUAGGUAUAUAUCAAUCUAUCUCGUAUAUAAAUCGUCGUUGGCUUAAUGUAACUUGUUUAUUACUAUUUAGUCUCGUGGCUCGUGCGACUGGCAGUCGGUCAGCAUAUUUCAUGUAAUAACAUUAUUAUACUUAAUCCCCUUAUAUGGCACCUCAUGUUCUAGUAGUAAGUAUUAUAUUGUUAUAUCUAUGUAUUCUAUGUGAUGUAUUCGAGAUUAUAUAAUAUGUUCAUGUUAUUUUUAAAGCAAUAUUUUGUUCCAUGAAAGCAUUUCUAAACGAAGCAAUAAAAUUAUAAAUAUCAAAUAUAUUUUGUGUACUUUUCUGUGCUUUAUUUUAACAGUAUUAUUGUACGUUUGUAGUGAGGGAAAUAACAAAAUUAUCUUAGACUCUGUAUAGCCUGCAAUGUGUUCUAUAACUAAACUGCGCUUGUGAUACAUUCAGUGAUAUACUUACUAAACAAAUUAUAGCAAUUUUCCAAUAUACUAACAGAUGCUAUUGUAAUCUUAAAUAUGAUUUUAUUUUAUGUAUAUUUUCAAAUUAUUUAAAGUUUAAUUAGUGAAAUCUAGUAACAUUACACGGUCCCAUGUAUCGACUAACCCGUUAGUAGUAAUCCUAAUAGCAAAUAAUUCAUAAUAUUGAUGUUAGUCAUAUUAUUAAAUCCGUUGACUAAAUAUAACAAUUUCGUUUAAAUGGAACCCUUUUCUGAGUGAAAUAAAAGACAUUGGUUUCGUUGUUUUUCUUUGGUUAACUAUUUGUAGUAAUAUUGUUUAGGUUAAUGACUGAACACCAAAGUUAUAUCUAUCGAACAUAAUUGUUUAGUGGCUACAUUACAUAAUGAUAAACAUUAAAUUCAGUUUAAAUAAGUUACCAACUUUAGGCUUUAUGGUUUAAAUUCGCACAAUGAAAGCGGUAUGCGAGAGAAGCGUUUUACUGUGUCAUGUACAAGUCAAUUAUUGUCGUAAUUGUAUCUUUAUGAACAUCUGUAUAUAAUGGAAGGGUUAUACAUGCACAGCAUGACAAUAUGCCUCGAGCAUGGUCAGCUUGUACAAUUGAAUCUAAAAGCAAUCUUGUGAAAUUGAAAUAGAACCGUUUAUCGCGCAAACCAGGAAUGCUUCGUAUCGCUUCGCUUCUUGCAUACGUACGAAAUUUCCACAUCUUCUACACAACCACAUAUUGAAAUGAGUUGAAUGACGCACCUGUUACAAUAUUAUAGUCGAAUGAACAAUGUUCAAUGCUUAGUUUGUUUUAUUUAUGAAGAAAACAUUUAAAAUAAAGUUUAACUCAUAGUUAUUGUUUUAUUUCUGACUAUUAACCCGCCCUGCUUCGCACGGAUGCAGCGCUGAUACUAAGUUUCUCCACUGCCAAUGUUUUAUGGAUGUUAUUAUACGUAUCAACCUUCUUCUUCAAUCACUCUUAUCUAUUCAAAAAACCGCAACCGCAAACUACGCGCUAAAUCAAU